CUCAUUGCUCAGACGCUCAUCACAAGCAGUGUUAUACGUACUCAAAGGCUUUAUAAUUUGAUGGAGCUAGAGGAUAGCAUUUUAGAUUUCUCUGAUGAAGAGGAGAGCUUCGAGGAUGGUGAUGUUAAAAUGAAUGAUAUUGAGGAAGGAGAAUUGGUUGAAAGGAUUUCUAAGACUGGAUUAGAGGAAAGUGGUGAUGCAUGUGCUAGUUCGACUAAUCCCGUUUCAGGCAAUAAAAAUCAGAGACGCAAGAAAAACAAGAGGAAGAACAAGCGUAAGAGAGGUUCUUCGGGUCCAAAGGUCACAGAUAUUAACAGGUUUGUUACGCUAACCAUACUCAUUAUACCUUUUAAAGGGGGAAAAAGAAGCUUUGCGUUGCUUAUCACCAUAUGCAUAUUAUGUUUAUUUCCAUACAGAAAGCAUUACUGAGCUUGAUCUCGGUUG